AUGAAUAAUCAAGAGAAAUUAUCAGAUAAUGACUUAUUUUUAUCAAAAUAUUCCAUUUAUUUCUUACAUGAAAAACCAGAAUAUAUUGAAGAAAUGGGAAAUAUCUUUUAUAAUGAAUGGAAAGAUGUUUACAUUGCAUUUGGAUUGAAUACUUUAAAUGAUGUUAUACAAGAUAUGAAAGAAAAACAUGCUUGUAAUCAUAAUAAAUUACCAAUGUUAAUGAUUGCAUUAGAUAAUAAUAAUCAAAAUUUAGUUGCAACAAUUAGUUUAGAAAUAUGUGAUGUAACUUCAGACAAUCCGUAUUACAAUACAACACCAUGGUUAGCUUGUGUUUAUACAAAAGAUGAAUAUCGUGGAGAAGGAAUAGCAACGUAUAUGAUUAAUAGAAUGCUUCAAUUUGCACAACAAUUAAAUUAUACAUAUAUUUGGCUUUGGACAGAACAUUCACGGAGUUUAUAUGAAAGAAUAGGUUUUCAUUUCGUAGAAAAGAUUCAACAUCUUAGAAAAGAUGUUGAUAUUAUGAGAAUUGAUUUUAAUAUAACAAAUUAUUAA